AAUAAUAAAUAAUAAUGUUGAGAAGGUCUUUAAAUAAUAUAUUUUAUUUAUCUCUACAAAAUCAUGGCAUUACACGUUUUAAUACUAUUAAAUUACAAAUGAGAGGGUCUCCAGUACGUCUGUUUACUGGCAAGUUAUAAAAUUUUUUUUAUUAACUGUAGAGUCUUGUAAUUCCUUCGUAUCAUAACAACCAUUCUUUUAUGGUCUUUUUCAUUCACGUGCCAUAAUUACAGCAACGAGCAAACUUAAAACUACUGAAAUUGUAUCUUCAAAUGAUAUCGAUACUUCAAAUAUAAAUCUCUUGAGAAAAGAUUCAAAUAAAAUUGAAGAUACUAGAGCUGAAGAUACUAGAGAAGAAAGGAUAUUUAUUGGUAAUUUUCGAGAAGAGAUGGACAAAUUUUCAGAAAGAAAACAUUGGAGAGCAAUUCUUAAAUUAUGCGAAGAAGUUAAACAGUCAGAUCGUAAACCUGAUAUAUCCAUAUAUAAUACAAUACUUCGCGCUUAUAUACCUUUGGGUUCUAUUAAACAUUCUUUUAAGAUAUUAGAAGAUAUGAAAUUGGCUAAUGUCAAUCCAAAUUUAACUACUUAUCAUUAUUUAUUGAGGACAUGGUCACAAGCUCCUACUAGUGAACAAGAUCCGUACUUAAGAGAACAAAUUUUCGAAAUGAUUGUUAAUGAUGGUCUUCAACCUGAUUUAAAAAUUUAUGAAUGUUAUAUAGAUUCAUUAUUAGCUGGGGAAGAAUGUGAACGUGCAUUUGAGAUUUUUGAUUCUUUGAAAAGCAAGAAUAUUUAUCCUCAAUUGGAACUUUAUAUUGCAAUGAUAAGGAAAGCAAUUUCAAUAAAUGAACCAAGGAUAGCAUUAAAUUAUUUGAAAAGUCUUGAACAAAAUCUAUUUUAUGCUCCAACUUCAUUGUAUAAUGAUGUCUUAAGAAUAUGUGCUUAUGAAUAUUAUGCUGAUGGCAUUCUGUAUUGUUGGGAUAAACUUAAACAUCGUGGAUUAAAUCUUGACGAAGGAGUAUGUAUCGACAUUUUAUAUUUCGCCGGAAGUCAUGGAAAACCUGAUUUAGUCGUACAAGUCAUUGAAUAUUUAAUGGAUGUUCGAAGAUUAAAACUCGAAAAAUUUCAUUUUAGUCCACUUACACGGGCUUACGUUAACGCUGGUGAUAUUAAAAAUGCCAUGGAAUCGUUAAAUAUAAUGCGGCAAGCAGGAUUUCAAGUUGGCUUUUUUGAUACGUCAAGUACCGGAUUAUAUUCAUUAAUCCGAAAAGAUAAAAGAACUAUUGAUAAUGCAUAUUAUUGUUUGGAAGAGUUACAUAAAGAAGGGAAGAUAGUUGAUGUAUCAGCUCUUAAUGUUGUUAUUGCAGCCUGUUCAAAUAUUGGUUACAAGAGAAAUGUUGAUAUGAUUCGUGCAUUGGAAACUUAUAAAGCGGCCGAGAAAUUGGGUGUUCAACCCAAUGUAGAAACAUUUAGUUCCAUUUUACUAGUAUGUCUUUCUGCAAAACGGAAAGAUUUGGCUGAUCAAUUGUGGAAAGAAAUGCUUGAAUUAAAGAUUGUUCCAUCAUCCUUGGCAUAUAAUCGUAUGAUUGCAAUCAUUUGUACUCAAGAUGAUUACGAAGAAGCAUUUGCUUAUCUUGAAGAAAUGAAAGCACAAAAUUUAUUGCCACCACGAAGUGUUUAUGAGAGGAUCAUAAAUAAAUGUGUGCGUCAUGGCGACUCAAGAGCAAUAUUAGCUUUGGAAGAAGCGGAAAAUUUUGAAUAUAAAUUUCCUCGAUCAUUUUAUCAAGAUUUGGAAGAUCAAGGUUUUGAUCUGGGAUUGGCUAAAGAAAUUAUUAAAAAUCAAAAAAAGAACUUUAAUCAACAAAAAAUAAGUAGUAAUGUAAACAAUUCAGAUGUUAUGAAUGAGUUUGUGGACAUAAUCAAAAGCCAAUGAAAGUGAACAAAAAUAAAUUAGAAUAUCAAAUCAAAAGACUUCAAAUUGA